AUAUUAUUUGUAAAUAUUAUUUAACAUAUUAGUCUUUAGAUAUGAACAUGGAGAGUAAAUCCGGAAUAUUGAUACAAUUUAUUAUGCUAUAUCUUGCGGUGACUAUGGAGGCUUUUAUUUUUUGUUUCGCUGGCGAAUAUCUGAGCACUAAGAGUAAAUCUAUCGGUGAUGCAGUAUAUGAGAUGGUUUGGUACAAUUUAUCUACUAGCGAAUGUCGAAUUUUAUUAUUCGUGAUCCUCAGAUCUCAAAAGCAAUUGACGACAGCUGGAAAAGUUAUGGAUUUAACAUUGGAAAGUUUUACUACUAGUAAAUCCAUCGGUGAUGCAGCGUACGAGACACUUUGGUAUGAUUUGUCCACUAACGAAUGCCGAAUUUUAUUAUUGAUAAUUGUCAGAUCUCAGAAACGAUUGACGAUUACAGCUGGAAAAGUUAUGGAUUUGACUUUGGAAGGCUUCACGACUGUGCUUCAUGUAAGCGGACAAAUAGAUAUAAUAUGUCAAGAGAUGAAAAAUAUUUCUAAGAACAUUCUUUAUGGAUCUUCCAAGUUUUCAUUUGGAAUGUUGAUCGAGAGGCACAACAGAGUCAUUUCAUUUUCUCAAAACAUCGAGAAGUUGUUCUCUUUUAUCGCAUUGAUGCAAGUUAUUUGGAAUACUUUAGUUAUAUGCAGUCUUGGAUUGGUCAUCAUAAUUGUACUUCACGUAAGCGGACAAAUCGAUAUUCUUUGUCAAGAAUUACUGACAAUCUGCGGCGACGGAACUUUACAGGACAAUUUGAUUGUCGCGAGUGUCAGAUUUCUGAUUAUCAAACACCAAAAAAUAAUAACACUUUCAGAAAAUAUUGAAGAGCUCUAUUCUGACAUCGCAUUGAUGCAAAUCCUAUCAAAUACCGUGGUCAUCUGUUGUAUUGGUUUCACCAUUAUAGGUUCUCUUACAAAGGAAGGAGCUACCGUGAUGAUGUUGAAAUCGGCUAUUUUUUACGUCGCCAUAACGUUGGAAGCUUUUAUCUUUUGUUUCGCCGGAGAAUAUCUUAGCGCCAAGAGCAAAUCGAUUGGUGACGCAGUGUACGGAACGCUUUGGUAUGACAUGACGCCUGCCGAGUGUCGAAUUUUAUUAUUUGUGAUAUUAAGAUCGCAAAAGAGAUUGACGAUCACAGCCGGAAACGUCAUGGAUCUUUCUCUGGAAGGAUUUACGAGCGUGAUGAAAGCAUCCGCUUCGUAUAUGUCGGUGCUGCACGCGAUGUAUUAAACGAGACCAAUGGAUAAUAAUUACUUGUGCCAAGCGCAUUUACUAUGCUUACCGGUAUAUUGAGUAGUAGCAUGUAAAACAUAUAAAGCGAAAUGCUGUUUUAAAUACGCAAAAGAGAAUACGGCUAUAAAAUGUAGAAGAAAUAGAAAGAAUAAA